UGUUCAGCCCGCCCGGCUCCCCGGCCCUCGCCGCGCGCUUUCUCCGACAGCUGCUUCGGGAGUCGCGUCCUGACCGUCUGUCCCCUGGGGUCAUCGCCCGCCGCUGUCGCGCCAUGACCACCCAGCAGAUAGUCCUCCAGGGAUCCGGACCCUGGGGCUUUCGCCUUGUGGGCGGCAAGGACUUUGAGCAGCCUCUCGCCAUUUCCAGGGUCACUCCUGGAAGCAAGGCUGCUCUAGCUAAUUUAUGUAUCGGAGAUGUGAUUACAGCCAUUGAUGGGGAAAAUACCAGCAAUAUGACGCACCUGGAAGCUCAGAACAAAAUCAAGGGCUGCACAGACAAUAUGACGCUCACGGUAGCCAGAUCGGAACAUAAAGUCUGGUCUCCUCUAGUGACUGAGGAAGGGAAACGCCAUCCCUACAAGAUGAAUCUAGCUUCUGAACCCCAAGAGGUCCUGCACAUAGGAAGUGCCCACAACCGAAGUGCUGUCCCCUUUACUGCCUCACCUGCUUCCAGCACUGCCCCCAGGAUCAUCAAAAACCAGUACAACAACCCAGCUGGCCUGUACUCUUCUGAAAACAUCUCCAGCUUCAACAACGCUGUGGAGUCCAAGACUGCAGCCAGCGGGGAGGAGACGAAUGGCAGACCCUUAGACCAUCCUCAGCCUUCAGGAGGCCUUGCCAUCAGCAAAGAAUCUGAAGUUUACAAGAUGCUCCAGGAGAAACAGGAGUUAAAUGAGCCCCCGAAACAGUCCACGUCAUUCCUGGUUUUGCAGGAAAUCCUAGAAUCAGAGGAAAAAGGGGAUCCCAACAAACCUUCAGGAUUCAGAAGUGUUAAAGCUCCAGUCACCAAAGUGGCCGCAUCGAUUGGAAAUGCUCAGAAGUUGCCCAUGUGUGACAAAUGUGGCACUGGCAUUGUCGGAGUUUUUGUGAAGCUGCGGGACCACCACCGCCAUCCCGAGUGCUACGUGUGCACCGACUGCGGCACGAACCUGAAGCAGAAGGGCCAUUUCUUCGUAGAGGAUCAAAUCUAUUGUGAAAAGCAUGCCCGGGAGCGCGUCGUACCCCCGGAGGGAUACGACGUGGUCACUGUGUUCCCCAAGUGACGCAGCAGACGUGCACCCACAGCUGACCUCCUGCCAGCCUCGCCACACCUUGUCCUCUGAGUGUUCUGGACCCCCUCCUGCUCAGAGCUCUGUGCUUACUUGACCCGGUUCUUCCCUUGCUUCAGUUCCGCUCCGUGGCUGGCUGACUCUGGCUGUGGGGUGCCUGCUGUGGAAGAGUAUUUUGUCAUUGUCCCCUCACCGGCAUCACUGUGCAUCUCCCUCACCUCGGCUCUUCUCCGCUGCAGACGGACAUCAGUCAAGUUUGAACCAAUCCAAAUUUAACAUGUUUGACAUUAAUUUUGUUUUUACUCAAUAAAUAAAUUUGUAGACUGUCA